AUCGCAGCUACAGCCUAAUACCGCCCUUAAUUCACCUCCUGGCACACGUUGCGCAGGUACCGCUUUCCAUAUAUAACCGCGGAAACAGUUUCCUUGUGCUUCACGUGAGGAAUAGAAGAGAACCUUCGCGUCCAAGCAUGGUCAAUGGACACUGCGUUGUCGUAGCGUUCGUUGUAUUCACCAUGAUAGCUGACGUCGGUCUAGCCAUCUCCGGUCUUGCUCAACGGUCGCUUCAAUCCAAGGUGCGCAUUGUAAACGGUGAAUGUAGCUUCCGCUACAGCAAUGCGAAGCAAGGCUACCUGACGCUGAAAGACGGGCGAUGCUUUAAAGCUACCUGCGUUCCCGGAGAAGGCAGAGCUGUGUUCAGAUAUGUUCGUCAAUGUGAGCCAACUGAUUAUGGAAGAUACUGCUGGGUCUUGGAUGGUUACUUGAGCCCGGAAUGCUGCAAGCAAACGGUAAUUUGCGAAUAAAGAUCCCCCAGAACGGGGCCCCUUCUGUUCUUUUCUAAA